UAAAGAAGAAGAAGAAACAGGCCGUAGAAGAAGAAUCAAACCAUCACCGCGCAUGCGUACUACAACACUUGAAUCACAUUUGCAGAUUUUGCUUAUAUUUUAAACUUACUUUUAGCUCAGAGAAUGCCACCGAAGGGAAAGGGUGGAAAGGGCGGUAAAGGAGCUGCUUCAGGAGGUGCGGACGCUGAUAAAAAGGAAAAAGCCCCAAAAGGAGGAACAUCUGUUAAGGUUCGACACAUCCUCUGUGAAAAGCAUGGAAAAUGCAUGGAGGCCAUGGAGAAACUCAAAGCUGGAGUUCGAUUCAGUGAAGUAGCGUCACAAUACAGCGAAGACAAAGCUAGACAGGGAGGUGAUCUGGGGUGGAUGACCCGUGGGUCCAUGGUUGGACCUUUCCAGGAGGCAGCGUUUGCUCUGCCUAUCAGUUCGAUGGAUAAACCCGUCUACACAGAUCCACCCGUCAAGACGAAGUUCGGAUAUCACAUCAUUAUGGUGGAGGGGAAAAAGUAAAACUGGCCACUUCUUUUGUAAUAUAUACCAUUAAACUGGGCAGGAAUGUUAAGAGAAAAAAGAUCUUGUGUGGGAUUUUUUCCUGUUAGUCUGUUCAAGUUUGCACUUCUACCCAAGCUCCUUUUUUUUCUCAAAAAAACAAAUUUUUUUAUUUUACUUUGUCAAAAUCUCUUCAAUAACAUGAAAUAAAG